AUGUCGAAUCACGCUGUUCAACCUAAGGCUGUGAAGCACAGGGUGGCGGCCAAGAGGAAGGAUGUCAUAGCGGACAAGAAGCAGUCCGGAGCAACCGAACCAGCGGUUGAUGCUAAGACCAUUGCCGCUGCUACGUCUGUGCCGGCGGUGAAGGCACAGCCUGCAGGCCAAGUUAAAGGGCGCAACAAGGCGGAGAACAAAAAGCAACAGACUGGCAAGUCUUCCGUUUCGGAGAAGGUGCCAGCCUCUCCAAGGCAGCCCGCCGAAGGUUCUAAACGCUCAGGAAGCGGCAAACGUCAGCGCGACAAAACCGUGAACGAAGUCGAUAAGAAGGGUCCCGCUGCGAAGCGUCACGCUCCUACCAAUGCGUUUAGUGAAACAAUUGGAUCUGUGUUUUCACGGAUUCGCAGCAGCUUUGAGCAGAUGACCCAACGUGUCACUGGCGUUUCCAGUUCCCUGUUAUCGUCAAUUAUGUCCCCAUUCUCCAGCAGGACCUGA